AUGAUCAAACCAUGGCCAUUCAAAGCCUGGGCAUUGGAUGUAAUAGGGAAAAUUCAUCCGGCUUCCUCGAAGCAACAUUCGUUCAUUUUGGUAGCAACUGAUUACUUCACCAAAUGGGUAGAGGCAGUUCCUUUGAAGAAUGUGACACAAAAAGAAGUGAUCGAUUUUGUGCUGAAUCACAUUAUUUAUCGGUUUGGAAUCCCUCACACUCUUACAACCGAUCAGGGUUUGAUGUUUACCGGGGAAACAUUUAUCGAGUUUUUGGCUGAAUUCAACAUCAAACUGCAUCAUUCGUCGCCUUAUUACCCACAGGCUAAUAGAUUGGCUGAAGCGGCAAAUAAAAUUGUCAUCGGCAUUAUCCAAAAAAUUGUGGAGGGAAAUCCAAGGAAAUGGCAUACCUUUCUGCCUCAAGCAUUAUGGGCCCACCGAAAUAGUAGGAACACUUCUAGUGGAUUUUCCCGCUACCAAAUAACGUUCGGGCAAGAUGUUGUACUUCCUGCCUAA